GCUCGUCUUCUUUCUCUGAAUACAUAAAGAAUGAGUGGCUACAGCUGACUUAUGUUCUGUGAAGACUUGAAUUUGAUGGCUGUACGUCUUAUUUACAUGCUGAUUGAAGACCAGAUGAGAUACCACAUUCUGGACCAACUGUAAGGGUUUCACUGUGUGUGAAGGGAGGCCCGCCAGCAGGGUAUUGCAGUAGUCGAAGCAAGAGACAACCAUGGAACAGACCAAGAGGGUAUCUCUUGGCUCCUAAGUACAUUCACCUGGACAAGAAGCCCAAUGUCUCAGCUGCAACCACUGAUCCAGCUCCAACAAACGACAGAGCCCUUGUUGAAUGUCCAGGAGAUGCAGUUCUGGCUGGACAAAGCGGUGGCCUGGGGCCAGGCUGACAGUCCGGAGACUCAGAAAGACACUGGCCUGCACUUGAGUAGACUAAGCAGUUACCUCCAACAAUUGCUUAUACACAUCAACAACACGAGUUCCACAACAGAAACCAUGAAGAGGCUGCCCUACCUUGGCCAGUUCCUGGGCCGACUGUGCUGGAACCCGUAUGUCACUGCUGAUGAUACAAGCAGAAGGCUGUUGCUCCAGUGUCUGUUGGGACUGUACUCAGAGCACCCAAGCAGUGCAGUGGAAAGAAAAGCCAACCAGUGGAUACGGAAAGUGUUGUGUCAGCUUGCUACAGAGGAUGACGAUGCUGCAGCGCAGGCAUUAAUGAAGUGUGUGGGUGUCCCACCCAAAGAGUACCAUCUCAAAGUCCUGAGGAAGAUGGUGGCAUCGCUGCAGGAAAACAUUGGGAAGAGCUGCAAUUCUCUGGGCAACAUAAAUCAGAGGUGUUCAUGUGACAGCGUUCUGGCAACAUCAGAAGCUUGUGUCCCUUUGGUCACUUGUCCCGAGGCUGCUCCUCUUAUUGGUGCACUGCUACAGCGGCCAGUGACUUGUGUCAGAGCAACUCUUAGUGAAGAUUUCCUGGAUGCUCUGAGCUCUGCCUACUCAAGCCAGGGUUUGUCAUUGGAGGAGCAGGCAGUAGUCUCUCUGUGGUACCACAGCCUGUCCAGCCUGGAAGAGGCAGUGCUCAGUCUGCUGGAGUCUGUUCUUCCUCCCAACACAGGGUCAGCACCACUGACGCUGGAGCAGCAAGUAGCACAGUCCCUGCUGCCUAAAGCCUGUGCUCAGCACUGCUCAAUAUUCUUGGUUGUAAAUGAGAUCUUCAGGUCUGUCCUUAAGCAAGCAGAAGGAAACGAGUGUGUUAAGUCUCUUAUCCAAACCUUUACCAGCUGUUUCCUCAAGGAAGUGGCGCUGCUGCAGCCUCAGAAGUGUGCAUCUUUGAAGAUGUUCUUCCCUCAGUCACCUCAGAGUCUGUUGCUCCCUCUGUUGACCCUGCCGUCAGAGAUGCCACAGGAGGCUUGGAGACAUCACCUGAACUGGCUCAGCAGCUCAUUACAGAGACUGACAGAGGAGGAAGAGGAGGGAGACGGCAGCAGUGGCACCAGGGGGCACCACAAAGUAUUCGAGGCCUGGUUCCUGCUGGUUCGGUGUGCCCACUGGGUGCAGGUGACUGUCCAGCUGCUGGGAACAUCAGGGCAUGAAGACUGUGGCCCCCUCCUGUGGCUGCUGACCUUCUACUACCACCCCACCAACAGGGGGCACCACAGAGCUCUACAGCUGGUACAUGUCAGAGAAGCGUGGGACCACCUACGCUCCCUUUUCUUGGACUUAACUCAUCCACUUUCUGUUGACCACCUGCAGUCAAUGGUCACUCUGCUGUCACCACACCCUCAGCAACCAUCACCGUUUCCAUUAUUGAUCCUCAGCCUCUUAGUCAGCUUUGCUGUUUUCUCCCAACAAUCGCUGAGUGGAUCAACACAGAUUUUACAGACGGUGGUGGAUCAGUCUGGUCUGGUUGAUGAAGCAGCAUGUGUUCUCGACUCACUGGAGCUCAGACUAAAGGAAGGAAGCUGCUUAUCAAGCGUCACUAACAGAGUUCAUCUCAGGAUCAAGGCACUUCAGAACACACUAACACAUAUGCAUGCAGCAUAGAGCCCUGCUGAGAACCCGAGCGCACGCCUCACACACUCUGAAACAGAUGGUUCAAGUACAAUGCACCAGCCAAUUCAAAGGCAUUUCAUUUGAAACUGGACUGUGAAUAUGAAGCAACUGAAAACCCUGAGCGGAUUACUUGGAAUCUUAUUUUAUAAACCUUCACAAAUAUAUUUUUAUAUUUCAUAUUCAGCUUGUGUAGACAAUUGCUGAUGUAAUUUCUGUCCAUA